CCAAGGUUUAUAGAAAUGCUGAGUGUGCUGUGUCUGUGCCUCGGACUCAGUUGUAGAACAAGCCUGGAGUGUGUUGCAGAAACCUCGGCUCACUCUGGCACAAUGGAAAGAUUCACAGCGAUAAUAUUUGUCCUUCUGGUUGCAUGUAUCUGCAGGACAUCAGGACAGACCUGUGAAGGAAACUGUGGAACAAAACUAACCUCCUGUUCAUGUCACCCGACGUGCACGGCUCUGAAGACCUGCUGCGCGGACUACAAAGCGUACUGUGUGGAAAUCUCUCCGUAUUCUGGGACCUCUUUUGGUGGGACAGAUUUCAUCGUCCUUGAUGCGACUUUCAAUAUCAGUUCCCAGGUUGUGUGCAGGUUCAACAAUAAUACCGAUGCUGUGGGCUAUGUGGAUGAAAACAGUACAGGCCAUUGCAUCUCCCCACUGCUCUAUGAAACCGGUUGGAUCCCUUUGCACAUCUCCUCAGAUAAUGGCACCACAUUCAGCAGAGUUGGAGCCUGGCUUUCAGUACAUACCGGCAAGUUAGAUUCACAGUUCAAGGCAGCUCUGGUCAACUCGACGAGGUGGCAGUACUACGGCACACCUAAUGUUGGAGGCAGCCUUGAGAUGACUUGGAAUACGUCUUUGGUCAGAGCCGCGAGGGUCAAUGUAGAGCUCUGGGGAUACAGGGAGACCGGAGAGCCCUACUCAGACCAGUGGCAGGGUGAGUGGGAGUAUCUGUACUCGCUUGCAAAGGAUCAGCCCAACAGCGGUUCCUUCAGCUUUUUGCCCAAACCGGCAGAGAAGGGCUUUUCAAGUUGGGAGCUCGGCUCUGUGCGCGUCAGCCCCAGCGCCUACCCUGACGGCAUGUGGAAUGUACAAGCUGCGUGGACUGAGGAUCACGCUCUGGCUUGGCACCUGGAGGAGAAGUUCAGGCAGAACUCAGCAGUUUGGGCCCUGGACAAAUGUUUAGCUUGGGACCAGCUGGAAAAUCAGCUGCCCAACUUCCUCAGCGAGAUCAUCGACUGCCCCUGCACCCUGGCUCAAGCGAGAGCCGACACUGGGAGGUUUCAUACCGAUUAUGGAUGUGACAUAGAGAAAGGGAGCGUGUGCACCUACCACCCAGGCAGUGUUCACUGUGUGAGGGCCAUACAAGCCAGCCCCAUGUAUGCAGCGGGACAACAGUGCUGCUAUGACAGCACCGGCGCUCAGGUCCUGACGGCAGACUCGAUCGGGGGCAGUACUCCAGACCGAGCGCACGACUGGGGCUCGCCUCCCUACAAGAGGCCUCCUCGUAUCCCUGGACAGUCCCACUGGGUCUAUGACGUCCUCAGCUUCUACUACUGCUGCCUGUGGUCGGACAACUGCCACUACUACUUCAAUCACCGGCCGUCCAGCGACUGCAGGCGUUACCAGUCACCCAGCUCAGCGGCGGUGUUUGGAGAUCCACACUUCAUAACAUUCGAUGGCGUCAGCUACUCCUUCAAUGGCAAAGGGGAAUACACUUUGGUGACCUCGGCGAUGAAAAAGCUGACAAUCCAAGGACGGACAGAAUCUGUGAACGGAACCGCAAUAAAAGCGACACAGUUAUCCGCUGUGGCCAUGAAAGAAGCAUCGUCUGAUGUCAUUGAGGUGCGGCUUGGCGCCGGUCACGAUGGUCUCCAAGUGCUGCAGAAUCAAAAAACCCUCUCGUUUACUGAGCAGAGCUGGAUGGACCUGCACGGCGUGUUUGUGUUUGCUCCUACCUCGGCGAAUGUGACCGUAAUGUUCCCCACUGGAGCCGGGGUGGAAGUGCGACUGAUCCAGGGAACCAUGACGACCACCGUGCUGCUGCCGGAGGAGUUCAAAGACUCCACUCGGGGACUGCUGGGAAAGAUGAACGGCGACGCCAGCGACGACCUUGGCCUCAGCAACGGUCAAGCCGUGCAGAACCACAGCAAUCCAGAGGAGCUGUUCAGCUUCGGGGCGAGCUGGGCUGUAUCCAACAUGUCUGCCUUGUUCACAUACGACUCGGCGUAUCUUCUGGACACAUAUUACCAUGCUCCGAGGCACGACCACACUUUCAUUCCAGUGUUUUCUGUCCCUGAGAGUCCAGACGAUCCACUGGGCGAGCAGGCGUCUGAGAUAUGCUCUGGAGAGGGAUCUCAGUUCUGUAGGUUUGACAUCCUGGUCGGUCGCAGUCCGAGAAUGGGAAAUGCUACCAGGGUGUCUUUCCAGAGUCACAUUUCUCUAGUGGAGGAUCUAAAGCCAGUGACAUCUUGUGGCUGGCUUUCACCGCCGAUCAAUGGGAAGAAGGCGGGCACCACAUAUUUACAAGGAGCGACGGUUCGACUUUCCUGCGACGAUGGCUACACUCUCAGUGGGUCGGCGGAGCGCGUUUGCCAGCAGAGCGGCCUGUGGUCUGGCGAGGAGACGAGCUGCGUGGUUCCCAGUAAUCUCACAGGAAUUGUGGCCGGUUCAGUCAUUGGAGCUGUAGCACUGAUUGUUAUCAUAACAACAAUCGUACUCCUCUCCAGGAAACAGAAAAGAAAAGCUGCACGUGCAAAUCAAACUUGCACGAGUGAGGCCUUCUAACCGCAAUUUAUGCUUCACUGUCUUACUGUAACAUACAUGUUCAUAUCUUUGAAAUGUUUUGUUUAUUUUAACAGUUAAUUCAUACAUAAAUACAAGCUUACGUAAGAUUGAGCAAAGGUACCUCGGACACACGUAACUGCACACUACAUCCUCCAUAGCAGAAAAGUAUUGAUGGACUGAAUUUUUAACCAGUGUUACACUUCUUCUAUUUUUUUUUAAUCACGCAUUGUCUAUCUAACAUGGAGCAAAGUACCAACUGCAACUGUUUAAACACUCCAUUAUUAUUAAAGUCAUAGAACAAGACCUCCACAGAGUUUUUGUGUUUGAGCUACAGAAGUAGUGUGUUUGAAGCCAUUUUUGCAUCAGUUUUUUUUGUUUGCAGGAAACAGAAAUAACAACUGUAAAAUUAACUGAGUAACUCUGUAUUGUUUAUGUAUGUGGAGCUGUGUAUGUCCUCAAAUGCUGAUGAAUAUUAUUUAACAGUUUCUUAUUUUCAAAUUUGGUGGACAAUAAAGUUAUUCUACUAUUCUGCA